AUGCGCAGGGUAGACUCCAGGCUGGUAAGGCCGGAAGAUACGGCACAACCGGAAAGAGCCGUUGACCAUCGAAUCUCAAUACCUCUCCACAAGAAUGACUUGUGCAAUCACCCCCGUCAGCCCUCGGCUGCUGAACUUUGCCCUCCAGAGAUCAUUGAAGAGAUCGUAUCAGGCUUGGACAAACCAGACACUGCGUCCACUGCAAUUGUCUGUAAAACCUGGCUUGAACCAUCCCGCAGACGCCUCUACUCCAGCCUGCAGUUCAUAUACCCUAUUCCGCUACUCGCCUCUACACUACGGACAUGCGCGGCUGUACGAUCAUACAUCCACACGCUGUCCUUGAGAAUUGUAGCAUAUCCCCUGCCAGACAUCCCAGUGACACCUGCAGAUUAUGACUGGCUUCUCCUUCUCCCUCCGGGAAACAUCCGGUCUUUCCAUGUCGUUUUCGGUAAUUUGUCAUUGGAAGAAAUCAUUCUGCCAAAUGUCAUCAGGCAGCUCUGUGCGACCAGCCUUUCUGUGCUUCAAUCUCUCGUCAUAACCACUUCCGUCAUUGAUCUAGAGACGAUCAAUCUCUUCGCUUCUCUUCCUUCUUUGAGAGAAGUAUACCUUUGGAUACAACUGACUGGAGUCUUGAAUGCGGAAGUCCCAGUUUUACCUCCGUUGACAAGACUCGGAAUAUAUACCGACAUUCUAGGUGACCUACUACUAUCACUACCAAUUAGUUCCUUGUCAUCGACUCUGACACGAUUCGACUUCCGAUUGCCUCGCGAAAACAGGAAUACCCUAUUUUCACGCCUUCCCCUGAUUCUCAACGAACUCAAACUUCUCCGUCGUUUGACUGUCAAUUCAGAUUUGAAACUUCCUUACAUGCCUUUUAUGGAUGACGUCGUCGGACAUCUCCCGCGGUUGGAGUACCUUCAUGUCAGUCAUGGUAUAUGGAGCUCUGUCCUACUCGAACGCUUACCACCUUUGGUAACACACUUGAGCUUAGGGCAUCGAGCUAUCGCCAUUGACUCACUACAGUCAUUUCCCCUCCCAUCCAUUCUGCGAAUGCUGGAUGACCACGUCGGUGUUCUGCAGAGCCUAGUGUUGCAAAUGAACAUUAGACGGCAGCUAGAUCUGGAGUCGUCGAUUUGCCGCUCAGGUAGCAUUAACCUCAUUGUAAGACCUUAUUUGACCGAUCGAGGCUAAUUCAUCUCCGACUGAGAGUUAUAUUUCCAAGACAGAUGGUAGAUAUUCGAAUAACCUAACAUAGACUAAACGGGACAGUAAACGAAGGAAGAUUCAAACAUUC